AUGGCUCCGCUAACUGUCCUCGUGCUUGGCGGUACCGGACCUGCGGGCAUUUGUCUGCUUCGCGAGCUACUGUAUCGCAAACACAAGGUGGUAGCAUAUGCACGAAGCCCUCAGAAGAUCCCCAGCGACUUGUCCUCCGAUCCAUUGCUUGAAACCGUCAAAGGAGAUCUGGCCGACAAGGCAGCUCUCGACACAGCCGUGGCCAAGGUCAAUGUUGUCAUCUCGCUCCUUGGACCUCUCAUCACCGAUCGCACCUCACCCCCAAACGCUAUCCCCGACUUCUACAAAGACUCCCUCUUUCCAGCGAUGCGCCGACAUGGCGUUAAGCGAAUCUUUGCAAUGGGAACGCUCACCAUCACCCGGAAAGAAGAUGCAUUCACUGUCCUCCAACCAUCAAUCAACUUCAUGGUCCGCACCGUAUUUUCCAACGCUUAUCGUGCUAUCACCACUAUCGGAAAGACAUUCGAGAACGAGGCCAAGGACCUCGAUUGGACCCAAUUUCGUAUCUCGGCCAUCCCUGAGGAACCUGAUAAGGAAAGCUGGAUGAAAGAUAGGGAAGAUGGAAAGGUUUUCGUGGGAUAUGUUGGACAGAAAGGUUAUACCUAUUCUAUUCCAAGGAGUCUGCUAACCAGAUGGCUUGUUGAUUCUGCUGAGAGUGGCCUGCCAGACUGGAUCCGCAAGGCACCAGCGGUUGCCAAGCUGUCCGGUAGCUGA